CAGAGGAGAGUCCAGUGGUGCAGGUGCCUGUGUGUCCACAUGUGACUGCUGCUCCAGCUGUGCUGCUGCUCCAGCUGUGCUGCUGCUCCAGCUGCGCGCACACUUCAGGGUGUGACAGGAACACGCAGCCUGUCAGUCAGCUCUGUGCGCGCUGCUUUCCGGAUGACUUGACUCCUCUCGCUGAUGUGUCUCUGGAUGUUUUCUCCCCUCAGUGGUUUGUUUGUGUUCUGAGCCAGAUGUUCUGGAGGCUGCAGCUGCGGACAUCCAGCGGUUUCCCUUCUUCUUGUCUCUGUACCGAUGCAGCUGCUGGUCGGGGGCGCUGAAGUUGAAGUCCCGCUCCUGAAGGCGUGAGCUCCAAAUGCAUUCGCUCCUGGGCCGGGAGAAGAAAGAAGAAGAAGCCGGGUUCGGGAUCGAUCGGUCGGGUCUGUCUCCGGGCUUUGCGCCCCACGCCGCCACCAUGUUCAGCUGCGUGGGCUGCUUCUGGGUGCUCCUCUCCUCCGCUCUGGUCGCCGUGUGCAGCUUCAGCUUCAUAUCUCCUGCGUGGAUUGUCAAGGACCAGCUGAGGAACAGCCUCCACCACCACCAGCAGCCCCAGCACCACAGCAAGGACUCCGUGAGCUUUGGCUUGUUGUGGCACUGCUCCGAGUCCCUGGAUCACAUGUACCGGUGCUACACCUUCGGGGGACUGGGCAAAUUCGCAGAGAUCCCCUCCAGCUCCUGGCAGACCAGUGCGGUGCUGUGUUCAGGCGGCUGUGCUCUGCUGGCUGUCAGCUCCCUGUUGGCCAUCAUCACCAUCUUCCUGCCCAGUGGAGGAUGUGAGAGGAGGAUCUGCACCCUGGCUGGUUACAUGCAGAUGGCUGCAGUGUUCAUCAUGGCUGCCGGACUGCUGGUCUACCCCUUCGGCCUGAACUCUUCUCUGGUCAGGUCCUUCUGCGGGGACUCCGACAUCUACUACGCCGGCGAGUGCCAGAUCGGCUGGGGCUACAUGCUGGCGAUAGUCGGAGUCAUGCUCACCGUUUUCCUGCCCUUUUUUGCCAAAUAUGCACCGAAGGAGCAGCUGUCCCCCACCCCUUUGCCCACGCUGUUAUAG